GGCCAGACUGUGCCCUCGACUCGUCGUCGCCUAAACGGCAGAGAACCCGCAGCAGCAGCGUCCCGCCCUCUUGGCCCUGGAUGAAUGCGUGAAUGACCGGGCAGCAUCCCUGGACCGGACCGGCAGACUGAGCUCGAUCGACAGGACGAUACCAUGGACACGGGCGGCGCAGCGGCACCGCCGCCGGGGCGGUCGACGACUGCCGCGGCAACGGCGGGCCCGCGGGUCGCCGGCAUCGCCAUCACCAACGACGGCACCGAGAGCGGCGCGACCAACGUCAACGGCCACGGCACCGGCGCGGGUGCCGGCGCGGCGGCGGGCCACCACUCGGCCGUCUCGCCCGUCGCCUCGUCCAAGCCCAAGCAGCGGCGCGUCACCCAGGCCUGCGACUACUGCCACCAGCGCAGCAUCCGCUGCCGGCCCUCGGGCGACGGCGUCUCGUGCGCCAACUGCCGCGACUUUGAGCAGCCCUGCACCUAUCACCGGAAGCCUCGCCGGCGGGGCGUCCAGCCUCGAUCGUCGACGGCGUCCUCGAGCGGCCCCGGCGGCGGCCCGGCGCGUGGAGGCGGAGGCGGAGGAGGCGGAGGAGGAAUGGGAGGCUCAGGAGGAGGCGGCCCCGACGAGCCGAUCCCCCGUCCCGCCUCCGGGCCGACGCCGCCCUCGACGACGCCCAACUCGGUCGGCUCCGCGGCGGGCGGCGGCUCGCGUCCCGUCUCGGUCCCCUACCGCGGGCCCAACCACCACGCGGCCGCGGCGGCCUUUGCCCGUCCGCAGCAGCACGACGUCUGGGAGGCGCCGCGCAUCGCCUCCCAGGCCGUCAUCGUCGACCUCGUCGAGCUCUACUUUGAGCUCGUCUACCCCAUCUUCUGCUUCUUCCACCAGCCCUCGUUCACGCGGCGCAUCUCCCGCGCCGACUACCUCACCAGCCGCCCGCUCUUCGCCAACACCAUGGCCGUCUGCGCCCUCGUCAGCAGCCGCAUCCGCGACGGCUCCGUCACCAACCCGCGCUGGGACCUCGACUCGCUGCGCGACCCGCCCCCGGACGUCUUCUACGCCGAGGCCAAGCGCCAGCUCAUCGACAUCAGCCCGGACUCGAGCCUCAACGUCCUGCGCGCCCACGCCAUCCUCGCCAUCACCGCCAUCCAGAACAGCCGCAUACGGGACAUGCACCAGCACCUCGGCACCUACCACACCCUCGUCGCCAUGGACGCCCUGCACGACGAGUCCAACUGGCCGGCCGGCAUCGGCGUCAUCGAAAAGGAGGAGCGGAGGCGGCUGUUUUGGUCCAUCUACACGCUCGACAUCUACACGUCGGUCGUGUGGGGAGGCAUCAUCCGGUCGCGCGAGCAGCUGUCCAACGUGGCGUACCCGAUGGAGGUCGACGACGAGCUCAUCGAGGACGGCAGCGUGCCCGACGCCGACCACAGCCCCAACUCGGUCAGCUCCACGUCGACGCGCCGGGCCCUGACGGUGCGUUCCGACUGCUGGCUGUCCGGGUGGAACUUCAUCACGGACCUCUACCGGGUGCUGGAGCACGCCCUGACGCGCUUCCGGUACCACAGCAACCGCUCGCGGCGCCAGUCGUUUCUGCACGAGAUCUUCGAGGACAAGUCGACGAGCGUGACCGAGGCGUCGGUCCGCGACAGCGUCCUGCAAAUGUACCUCAACCUGCCGGCGUGCUUCAAGGAGACGCCGCAGCUCACGUACAAUGUCAAAAAGGACCUCUUCGGGUACCAGGCCGCCAACAUCACCGGCAGCCUGCAGCUGGUGCGCAUGGUGCUGUUCGCGGCCGGCGGGGCCAGCAUCGGCGAGCGGUGCCAGAUCGUCAGGGAGGUGGUCGACGCCUUCGUCUCCGUGCCCGUCAGCUACCUCGUCGCCAUCAGCACACCGCUGCUGCACCACCUCGGCGGCAUCGGCGCCUUCCUGGGGUCCGUCUUCGAGGAGCCGCUCAGCGAGGCCGACUACAGCCAGGUGCGCGACAUCAUGCUGUCGCUGGCGCAGCUGCUCGAGAGCCUCGAGGCGGUCCACCACUCGGCCAGCGCGAGCGAGCGGCUGCGCUCCCAGGUCGCGCGCAUCGACGAGUUUAUGGUCUCGCAGCGCCAGGCCGCCGCCGCCAACGCCGCCGCCAACGCCUCCGCCGCCGGCCCCGUGGCCAUGCCGCCCAACCGCCGGCCGCUGGCCCCGCCCCAGGCCGUGGCCGCGGGCUCGUACCCGCACAUGGGCGGGCCCGAAAUGGCCGACGGCUGGUCCUUUCAGGUGCCUGCGGAGAUGCUGGGCGAGCUGAACUGGAGUUUUGAGUUUGGGCAGACGUGGAACGCGCAGGUCUAGGGGGGUUGCCCGGCGUGGUUUGCGUGACGUGGUUUGCCUGACGUGUGGUUUGGACGGCGCGGUCUUUUUAACGGUUGGUCACGGGUUGGACGGGGUUGGACGGUAAACGAAGCAAUGUUUCAUCCUUGGUCCACGGUUGUACAAGGUUUAAAAAAAAGGAAAGCACUUUUUAUGCUUGGUUACAUUACAGGGUUCGGACGGUAAAAGAAGCACUCUUUCAAGUUGAUCACGGGGUCGGACGUUGAAACAGAGCACUCUUUUUCCAUUCAACAGGCAACGGCGGG